UCUAUUUACCAUUGUGCAAUUAAAAAUAAAUAAAUUAUGCUGCGACUCGCUGCAAAAACAUUUGUAAAACACAGCGUUUCAACAAAAUUAAUUGCAAAUCCAUUUGGGAAGCUGCCUACGUCAAACACGUUUUCUUUGGUUCAUCGAAAAUGGCAAUCGACUGGUGGGACUGGCACCGCUACCAUCCGGAUUGAUAGCAACAAAAAAAUAACACCUCUUGGCUGGUUCCUCUUGCUUGUCCCAGUGUCUACAUUUGGUCUAGGGUGCUGGCAAGUGAAACGCAAAGCAUGGAAAGAGCAAUUAAUCAGGAACUUGGAGCUUCAAACCAAAAUGUCACCAGUACCACUACCCACAGACUUUAGCGAGGUGUCUGCUAUGGAGUAUCGGUUGGUCGCUGUGCGUGGAAAAUUUAUACAUAAUAAGGAACUUAUUAUGGGACCUCGUUCAUUCAUACGCCCGGAUGGAAGUGAAACCGCUGGAGGCUUAUUUUCACAACGUGAUAUCGGCAAUGGCUAUCUUGUGAUAACGCCGUUUAAACUGGCAGAUAGAGAGUAAGUACCUUGAGCUGCCUCGGAGCCAAUAGCAAUUCAGUUCUAAUGAAGAUAUCGAUCCUUUUAAUACUUACAAACCUGUUAAAAUCAAUUGAAACCAUGUCAUGUUCAUUUUGGUGAGAACGAUUAUACCAUUG